CUCAUCCCCUGCAAGAUUACAAGCGCAAACGGUAGUUUGCUCCCUAGUGCUGCCUAAUUGCUGACAACGCUUUACGGUUCCAUUAUUAUUAUUAUUACCUCGUAUCGCAUCCGGUCUUCGUCCCUACCGCUGACACCAGCAUCUAUUCAAUUUUGCUCGACCUUUAGUAACGGUAUCUAGUAACUAAUUAUAUUUCUCGUUACGCUAUCCCUUCCCUGCCGUUUGUCAUCGGUGGCACGAAGAUAGCUUGCUGACUAAGUCCGUUGAACGCCAUUUUAAGCUCCUUGGCGCCUAUGUUCUGUAGUCGUGAGUCGUGACUGCAUCUUGAACAGCAACGUUAGCCUCUCACUUCCUUUCUUGAUUUCCUGAACCGGCGUUGAAGACGCAAUAUCAUAAGAAAAUGACCGAUUUCGUUCAUUCUGAUUGGCCAAGGAGGCUAUUACAAACGGCUUUCUGUCAAAGUUCGAAGAGCUGUAUCACAGCUUGCCUCGUCGCAAUAAGCGUAAUUUUCUAAGUAUACGUGGACGAGCUUAAUUUAGUUUAUGUUCCACGUCUUGACAGUUCUGUUGCCAUCUUCCAGCCUUUCGCGAACGACGGAGUAACUCGUCGUAUAUCCCGUUCGCCACUGUCGCUGCGAGCGGGUUCCGUCGCUACUUCGUGAGCGAAGACUCCCAUGGUCGCCAUGGAUCGCACAGCUCGCCUACGUCUGUCGCUCGUCGCCCUUCUCGUCGUCGCCACCCAUGUGCCACGUGUGCACGGCAGCAGUGAACCGUUCGAUCAACUCUGGCUGCAUCACGCAAGAUUUCACCAACAGCCGGACCCCUCCGAUGCCACGUCAGCAGCUGAUCGUCUCCCGGGCUCCUCCUCCGCCACGUCAGCGUCCUACUCGUCGCACCUCGCGACAGCAGCGUCCGUUGCGCCAGAGGAAGAUUCGUAUGGUGCUGCCUUGAGAUUGAAAGAACAGCAAGAACAGCUCAAAAUUAUGAUGGGCGGCAGCGGCAGAAGCGGCGGCCGUGGCAGCAGUGGCAGCAGUGGCAGCAGCGGCGACAGUGGCAGCGGUGGGAGAAGUGGUGGUGAUAGUGGCAUCAGCACUACCAGCAGCAGCGACAGCAGCAGUGGUGGCGGCAGCAGCGGUGGGGGCAGCAGAACCAGCAAAUAUGGCAGGAGAAGCCACAGUACUCAAGUGUACACUGUAUACAUGAGAGGGUUACCACCCGUGGUCGGUUACACCGGCGGCGUACCAGGCUUCGAAGCCACCGCCACUGCUGCAGCUGCCUCAACUGACGCCAAUGCUGACGUGGCAGUGGGGAUCACCACCACCAAACCCAUCAGACCAGACCCCCAUGCAUCCCACGUGUAUGCAUACGCGCAGCAGUUAGCCUCCCUCCAUUCCCACACUAUUGCAAGCAUCGGCCUAUCCCCCUCAGACAUCCUUUACUCCUACACUUACCUAAGUAACGCUCUUAGCGUCGCCCUCACCCCCUCCCAGCUGCACCGCCUUAAGCGUCAUCCGGCCGUAGAUCGCAUCGAGCCCUCCCGCUCCCUCGCCCCCCUCACUACAAUCACACCCGCUUUCCUCAACCUCUCCUCCGUGGUAUGGAAAGGCCUGGGUGGGGUGAGCAAAGCGGGGGAAAAUGUGAUUAUAGGCGUGGUGGACUCGGGUAUUUGGCCGGAGCACCCGGCCUUUUCGGGGCGGGGGUACACCCGCCCAAGAAGGACCUGGCGGGGCGGUAGGUGCACCGUUACCAAAGACUUCAGAGCCGGGUCCUGCAACAAUAAACUAAUCGGCGCCCGGUUCUUUUCUGCGGCUUAUCUCAAGGAAAACAAGGGAUACCCCAAGGGAGAGUAUGCGUCUCCUAGGGACGGGACUGGGCACGGGACAUGGUGCGCUGGGGCGGCGGCUGGUAACAGUAACGUUCCUGUGAGGAUGACCCCCCGCGGCCCCCUGAUUGGCCGGAUAAGCGGGAUGGCUCCGAGAGCGAGAUUGGCGGUGUAUAAAGCGGUUUGGGGCGGUGAGAGCAGUGCGGCGGAUGUGAUGGCGGCGGUGGAGCAGGCAGUGCAGGAUGGGGUGGAUGUGCUGCUGCUGCCCAUUGGGGGCACCGACGAUGACUACUUCAACUCCAUUUUCUUGCUCAGGGCUGUUCAGGCGGGCGUGCUUGUGGUGGCAGCAGCUGGCAAUGGUGGCAUACCACCGGGGGCAGAGCAGCAGCGCACGCUUGCCAACGUGUCGCCUUACAUUCUCACUGUUGCUGCCAGCGGCCUUCCAAGGGAGUGGCAGGCGAAGCUGACCCUGGGCAACGGGAACUGGUACACGGGCAUCACACUCCAAGGGGGGGACCCGCGAACCACCACCAACCUCCCCCUGGUGGACGCCAAAAAGGCCAAGACAGAGAAGGCGGAUGCUCAGGAGGCCGAGCAAUGCAAAAUGGGUUCGCUGGAUCCUGCCAAGAUAGUGGGUGCGGCCGUGCUGUGCUACCAUGGCAGCAUCUCAUUGGAGGAGAAGGCGCUGACGGUGCAGACGGCGGGCGGCAAGGCGGUGAUUCUCGCGGUGCAGAGCCCGCGGCAGUACGUGCGGUCGGUGACAGGGACGUUUAUCGGUGUCACUGUUGGCAUGCUCAUCUCAGAGGACAUCAAGGCGUACCUCAAGAACGCCAGUACCACCAAGCCCACCAUCUCCAUCUCGCCCGUCCUCUACUCGCUCCCCAAGGGCACCCUCGCGCCAGUCAUGGCCUACUUCUCCUCCUCCGGCCCGCCUCUAGACCCUUGGAUCUCCACCGCCAAGCACCCCACCGUCACGAACGACAUCUUAAAGCCCGACAUCACUGCGCCCGGCCUCGGCCUCAUCUCCUCAACCAACUCCGGAAACGCCCGCUCCCCGGGCUUUAAGAUGGAAAGCGGCACGUCGGCCGCCGCGUCAGUCGCCGCGGGAGUAGCCGCUCUUAUAAUCCAGAAGUAUCCGCAAUGGACCCCGGGGAUGGUUAAGUCUGCCAUGAUGACCACGACGUCGAUUAAAGACAUGUGGGGGAAGGGGAUUCGAUCGUGGGACUGGGCGUACGCCUCCCCAUGGCAGUUUGGAUCCGGGCAUAUUACCCCCUCCAGGUCCGUAAACCCCGGGCUGGUUUACGACGUCGGCGCGCCGAACUACAUUAAUUUCCUCGCGGGGUUGGAUGAGGCGAAAACUAAGGCCGCGUUUCCCGCCGCCGCCGCGACCCUCUCGCCGAUCGAGCCGCACGAGCUGAACCAACCAAACAUCGCGCUCCCGCGGAUAAAAAAGGUGAUUAAUGUCACUCGGUGGGUGACAAACGUCGCGUGGAAAGCGUCGACUUAUCAGCUGUUUCUGGUGAAACCUGACGGGGUGUCGGUGUCGGUGUCGCCUUCGAAGCUGACUGUGAAGUCAGGGCAGCGCGUGGCGUACAAUGUGACGGUAACGCCCAAGGCUCAGCAGACCAAUUUUACGUUUGGGAGCAUCACAUGGAAGGAUGGGGUGCAUGAGGUGCGCAGCGUGCUGGCGGUGCAACCCAUCGAGAAGAAGUAGUGCGGGCGGGCAGCGCGGGGGGGGGAGGGACAGUGCGCGCCAUACAAUGUGACGGUCAAGGCCAGGCAGACCAAUAGUACCUUCAGAAGCAUCAGUGGAAGGACGGGGUGCAUGAGGUGCGGAGCGUAGUGGCAGUUCAACCUAUUGCGGAGCAGUGAUGAGGGGCCGGGCCUUGAGGAACGACUUAGGUGUGAGUUGGAGGGUGGGGGUAGCAGAGAGGACGGAUGGGGCGCAUGUGAUGCGGAGCGUGCUGGUGGCGGUGCAUCCCAUUGGGAAGAAGCAUGGUAUGGGGGGGAAAAGGGGAAAAAGGGGGAAGGGGGAGGGGGAUAGGGGGGGGGGGGGGGGGGGCAUGAGGUGUGGAGUGUGGUGCUGUGCAACUGUUUGUGCGAUGUCACCAAGUUUCUGUGCUGCUGGUCCCUCGGUUCAGUUUAAGAUUGAGAACCCAUGUGGGUUCGAGUGGGACGGGAUAUUUAUUUGGUGCCUAGUUGGAUUGGGGUGGCGGGCUGAGCUAACCUCUAGGUAGUUUUAGAUGUUGGGGAUUAACUAAGCAACUCUCUCAACACCUUGUUGAGUUUGACUAAUGCUAACGCUAAUUUGGUACUCAAUGUGGAUGCAAUGCUGGAAGGGUAUUGUGGGGAAGGGUAGUUAGCUGAUGGGACGUGGUGUGGUUCGUUGCUGUGACCCAAUGAUAGGUACAAACAACUGUGAUAAUAGUGUGGCGGUCCUUGUUAAUAGUUCACCUAGG